AUGGAUAGUCCACAAAACAUCACAGAAUUUUUCAUGCUGGGACUCUCACAAAACUCUGUGGUGCAGAGAGUUUUAUUUGUAUUCUUUUUGAUUGUCUACCUUGUCUCUGUUGGAGGCAACCUACUUAUCAUGACCACCAUUAUCAUUAGUCCCACCUUGGGCUCCCCUAUGUACUUUUUUCUCUCAUGCUUGUCUUUUAUUGAAUCUUGUUAUUCCUCAUGUAUGACCCCAAAACUCAUUGCUGACUCCUUGUAUGAGGGGAGAGCCAUCUUUUUUGAGGGUUGCCUAGCUCAAUUCUUUGUUGCCCAUUUACUGGGAGGAACUGAAAUCAUCCUGCUCACAGUCAUGGCCUAUGACCGUUAUGUAGCCAUCUGCAAACCCCUGCACUACAUGACCAUCAUGACCAGGCAUCUCUGUGCCCUGCUGGUGGGAGUGGCUUGGCUGGGAGGCUUCCUGCAUUCACUGGUUCAGCUCCUGGUCCUUCAGCUGCCCUUCUGUGGCCCUAAUGUGAUCGAUCACUUUGUCUGUGACUUGUACCCGUUGCUGGAACUCGCCUGUACAGACAUCAUCGGUGUGCUGGUGGUCGCCAACAGUGGUGUGAUCUGCCUCUUGAACUUCCUCAUGCUGGCUGCCUCCUACAUUGUCAUCCUGCAUUCCUUGAGGUGCCAUGGUGCAGAGGGGAGACGCAAAGCCCUGUCUACCUGUGGGGCCCACUUCACUGUUGUUGCCCUGUUCUUUGUGCCUUGCAUAUUUAUUUAUAUGCGGCCAUUGUCUACUUUGUCCAUAGACAAAAUAGUGGCUGUGUUUUAUUAUAUUUUGACACCCAUGUUCAACCCCCUGAUUUAUACACUGAGAAAUGCAGAGGUAAAAAAUGCCAUGAAAAAUCUAUGGAAAAAAUGA